CUCGGUAGUUGUAGCGAGUGUUCCAGACGUCGGGUUGAUAAAGCUGUUCCUAGUAUUUGGCUCUAGAGGAACUCCAGCUGAGAGGACCGUCUUGAAUGUGAACAGAAAGCACCUAAAGUAUUAGUAGCUUGGAGGAAUAUUAAUUUUGCAUGUUUCUUUUCUGGGGAAAGCAGAUAGCUAAAUGUCCCACUACAUAGGUAUGGAAAUGAGAGAAACUUGUAAGGAAAUGCCAAGUGCCGGCCUUGUGAACCUGGCCACAUUAAAUUCAUUCUCUUGUGAUUACUAGAGAAGAUAGAAGAGGCCUUUCUGAUUUUCAGUUGGGGCAGGAGAGUAAGGACAGUGGCCUCUUGUGACUCAAGGAAGAAAUAUGUUUCAUGCACUUGUUGCUCAUGUGAUGGGCACAGGGAUCACAUCACACUUUCAACCCACAAGCACUGUAUACAUCACAAUAUUUCAAAAUUGUAAAUUGAGGUGUUUUCUGUGAUAAGUUUAAAUAUGUGAUGCUGAUAAAAUUUUGGCCUCUUGGAUCGCUUUGAAAGAACUUCCAAUCCUUGCCUCCUGAAGGAGAUCAAAUAGUGUCUAGGAAGGGGAAUGCUGGAAUUCCUUGGAUUCAAAAUUUAAAAAAAAACCUUUGCCAGUUGAGUCGAUUCCAAAUCAUAGCGACCCAAUAGGACGGAGUAGAACUGCCUCAUAUGGUUUCCAAAGAGCAGCCAGCAGAUUCGAACUGCUGACCUUUUGUUAGCAGCUGAGCUCUUAACCACUACACCACCAGGGCUCAGGGUUCAAAAUUAAGGCACCACAAUUAAAUAUUCUGUUUGUACACGUUUGCAAGUCUUUGCAUGUUAGGAAUAAAAUUUAAGGAAUUGGUAAAUAGUUGCUGUUUCUAAAGCUAGUGGCAAAUUAAAGGUAAUUUCUAGCAUUUUGUUUUACAUAGUUUUGUUGUAUAUGUGUUUAGCCAUGUGUGAGUUUUAGUUAACUUAAAAUUGACUAUUUCAAGAUCUAACUUGUAGAUUUCUUUAGCUUGACACAUUUGUUAUGUUAACACCUGCUGAUGUUUUUUGCAUUGUCUUACUCUUCCCAUUCCUGCAAAAUCUUACAGCACACUCUUUAGAUUAUACCCAGAUACUAAUGGGUGAAUUUAAGCCAUGAUUUUUGACAAGGCUAUUUUUGACACUCAUUCAUUUUGCCGUCAAAAUAAGUUGGCACUUGUUAUAUCCCACAAUAUGUAAUUAAGGCAGUGCUUGCCAUACUAGAUUCACAGUUAAACACAAGAGGAAUUGCAAUCAAGAAGUUCCUAGUCUACAAGGUAAGGAAACAUCUAAAAUUUGUUUCAUUCCUUCUAUUAAUACAUGUAGAGAGGCACAUAAAAUCAGUGUUAGAGUAGAAUGAGGACCUUAACAAACCUUCAUUUUAAAGGUAAGAAAGCAUAUUCUCAUUUAUUUUAUCUUGUGUGAAGUCAGUUACAGUGUAAGUCUCCUUUUGUAGCAUGUCAUGAAGUCAUCAUGUGGCGCAGUAAGACAUUCAAAAGAAUCCUGACAGAGUCUUAAUUUCUGCAUGGAUGCCAGAUGAUCUUCUACUCACUUGUAUAGCUGAUGCAAUAGCUCUUCAUUGUACUUAAUUAGGAAAGCAGCCUUCACUUAAAGACUAAAAGUAAGGUAAAAAAAUGUUUCAACUUGCCAAAGAAAGUAAACAUAAAAAAAAAAAAAAAAUACUGAAUGGCACUCAAAAUACUGUUUUUAGCUUAAUUUUCUCUUUGCAGUAGAUUCAUACUGUACACUUAGAAGGUGACUGUAUGGCAGUUUAUUUUAAGGAUAUAGAACUUCUGCAUUUUUUCUUAAAAUAUGACAGUAAUAUGGAAAUUAAAGGCAUCUUGAUUUUUAAGUGCACUCAUUUUUAUGUUUUUAAACUGUGUACCUACAAUGGAAUUCCUUUUAAGGAAUUGUAACUGAUUAGACAAGUUUUCUUAGGAACACAUUUGCUAUAAAGUAUAAACGGUCUCUUUGCCUCUGAAAACCUUCAAGUCUUUUGAACUGGACUGGAAGAGGGCAGCUAUAGAAUAUCCAGUAAGUUGAAUUUUAAAACGACCAUUUGGACAGAAAAAGUAGACUUAGCUCAGUAACUUUUGCUUUUGUCUUCUAGCUAGCACUUUGAUAUAUGCUGUACAGAGAAAUAACUUAAAUACUAAUUUCUCAAAAGCAAGUUCACUUAAAUAAAAUGGUCAAAGAUUUAAAAGAAAAUAUACCUGGUGGUGUACAAAGUGGGCCUUCUUAUCUACGCUGUGCUUGUGAGAGUGGGCAUGAGAAAGCCUGUGAUACAUACUGGAAAAAACCAGCAUUACCUUUCAAAAACCUUAAAAAAUUACAUACCCUUUGACUCACCGGUUACACUUCUAGGAAAUUUACCUAAAGAAGUAAUUGGACACAAAUGUAUAUGCCAAGAAAAAUAACAAAGGGUAUAACCCCUAGUGUACCGUCUGUCCUCAGUCUAAGGGUACAGUGGGAGCCUUAGAACCCACCCUGAGGAGCAGCUGUAAUGAGUGCUUCUGCUCUUGGCCUGCUAUCUUGCUAUAACCUUCCUUCCUCUUGCCUGUAAUGAGCCAUCCCUUGGAGUCCACAUUAGCAAUAACAAGGCUUUGGGAGCUAAUUUAAACAUUUUAAAAAUGCUGUAUCGACACUAAAUAAAUAAAACAAAAUGCCAAGUUUCUUUGCUGAUUCUUUGGAAUUCUACCAUCCCAGCAUAGUAACGCCGAACAACUCAUGUUUAAUAGAAACUGUGGUCAGCAGCUUCAUCUAGUAUAAUAAAAAUAAAAGGAAAUAAAAUUUAAAUGCAGCUAAAUAGACAAAUCCGUCAAAACACAGAGACAAAAAUAGCAUGGUACAAGGUGCACAGGCUCCAGGGUCAGGUAGACUGGAGUUCUGAUCCCGGUUCUGUUACUUAUUAGUUGGGUAAUCCUGGUUACAUAACCUUUCUACACUCCAUAGUUUCUACUUUCGUAAAAUGGGGACAAUAAAACUAUUAAAUGAAAUAAUACAUCAGACUGCAUGUAAUAAUAACUCUAAUGCCAGGCACAGUUCUAAGUUCUUUAUACAUAUUAAGACAUUUAAUCCUUUCAGUAGCUUUGAGGUGGAUUCUAUUGUUAUCCCCAUUUUACAGAUGAGGAAAGUAAAGCACAGAAAGGUUAUCUAACUUGCCCAGGUCACACAGCAAGUGAUGGAGAAAGGAGUCAAAUCCACAUCAUCUGAUUCCAGGAUCACUUCAUAGUACAGCCUCUCUCAGUAAAUGGUACUCAGAUAAAAUCUUUUGGGGGAGAAUUAAAAGAUAUCUGUAGUGGUAAAAAGAUGAGGACUACUGUCUUAACCCUCUAUUUAACAAGUUGGCAGCAACGCCUUUUAUAUUAAAAGAAACAGGCAGGGGAAUUAAUAGUCUACCAUAUUCACUGGGGAGCUUACAUUCUAUUUUUAGAACUGAAUGUGGCACAUAUUAGGAAUUUCUGAAUUGCAUUCAGACAUUAACUUCCCACUUGUAAAUACCAUAACGGUUUAGAAUUUGAAGGCAUCCCCCCUACCGAUGAAAGCAGUUGUUUUCCAUAGGCAAACGAAACCUUGCUUGUUUUUCCAGUUGUUAAUAAUGAAACAGAGUCACUUGACUGUAGUGAAGGGCAGAAGGAUAUAAAAAUAUACUUUUUAAACUCCAUUCUUUCCACAUAAUAAAAAUCCCCACCUUAAGUAUUUGGAAGUACAUACAGAAUUACAGAUCAAGAAGAAGAAACAGGAAGAAACUUGCCCCAAAUCACACAUUUGAUAGUGGUACAUGAUCACCUGACUCCUGGUCCACUGCUCUUUCCAGCACUGCCCUUCUUGUACUAUUUUCUUCAGCUCAGAACGCUUGAAGGAACUCCAGCAACAUGAUUGAGUUCUUCAGCCAGUGCUUAAUGAACACCUGUUAUGUGAAAGGGAGUCCCUGGGUAGUGCGAACAGUUAACGUGCUUUUUGCUAACCAAAAGGUUGGAGGUUCAUUUACACCCAGCGGCACCUCAGAAGAAAGGCCUGGCAAUCUCCUUCCGAAAAAUCAGCCAUUGAAAACCCUACAGAACACACUUCUACUCUGACACGCAUAAAGUUGCCAUGAGUUGGAACAGACUCAGCAACAACUGGUGGUAUUAUGUGAAAGAUCUUGUGUUGGGUACUAAGAGUAUGAAAAUGAAAAUUAAGUUCCUGACUUCAUUCACAGGAAACUGACAUUUAAACACAUAAUUAUGAUAUAGAUGAAUAUUAUAAUCAAAGUACUUUUCUUAACCUUAUAUUCUGUCUUUCUACUAGACCAUAAACUCCUUAAGGGACCCAGGCUUCUUUGUGUGUUCCAGGUGCUUUGCACAGAGGAUGGUAUAUAUUAUAAAUUAUUGAAGAGCAGUUGGUAAGUUACUAUGAGUGUGCUAAACUGUGAAAACAGCUGUGGAUCCAGCCAGCCCGACAGUGACUGUUGUGCUGCCAUGGCCAGCUCCUGUAGCGUUGCAGCCAAAGAUGACAGUGUGAGUGGGACCACCAGCACCGGGAACCUCUCCAGUUCCUUUAUGGAAGAGAUCCAGGGGUAUGAUGUGGAGUUUGACCCACCCCUGGAAAGCAAGUACGAAUGCCCUAUCUGCUUGAUGGCAUUACGGGAAGCAGUGCAAACACCAUGUGGCCAUAGAUUCUGCAAAGCCUGCAUCACCAAAUCAAUAAGGGAUGCUGGUCACAAAUGUCCAGUCGACAAUGAAAUACUGCUGGAAAAUCAACUAUUUCCUGAUAAUUUUGCAAAACGAGAGAUUCUUUCUCUGAGGGUGAAGUGUCCAAAUGCAGGUUGUUUGCACAAGAUGGAACUGAGGCAUCUAGAGGAUCAUCAAGCACAUUGUGAGUUUGCUCUUAUGGAUUGUCCCCAAUGCCAGCGUCCCUUCCAAAAAUGCCAUCUUAAUAUUCACAUUCUCACGGAGUGUCCAAGGAGACAGGUUUCUUGUGUGAACUGUGCUAUAUUAAUGGCAUUUGAAGAUAAAGAGAUCCAUGACCAGAACUGUCCUUUGGCAAAUGUCAUCUGUGAAUACUGCAAUACCGUGCUCAUCAGAGAACAGAUGCCUAAUCAUUAUGAUCUGGACUGUCCUACGGCCCCAAUUCCAUGUGCAUUCAGUACUUUUGGUUGCCUUGAAAAGAUGCAGAGGAAUCACUUGGCACGCCACCUGCAAGAGAAUACCCAGUCACACAUGAGAAUGUUGGCCCAGGCUGUUCAGAAUUUAAGCCUUGCUUUAACUCCCGUGCCUCAUUGUGAUAUACUUCCAUAUGAUUCUGCCCCUCUGUCCCAAGUGUCUUCUGGGUGUCACCCAGAGGUCCAGAAUUUCCAAGAAACCAUUCAACAGUUAGAGGGUCGCCUUGUAAGACAAGACCAUCAAAUCCGGGAACUGACUGCUAAAAUGGAGACUCAGAGCAUGUAUGUCGGUGAGCUCAAACGAACUAUUCGAACGCUUGAGGACAGAAUUGCGGAAAUGGAAGCACAGGAGUGCAAUGGGAUUUACAUCUGGAAGAUUGGCAAUUUUGGGAUGCACUUGAAAUGCCAAGAAGAGGAGAAACCUGUUGUCAUUCAUAGCCCCGGAUUCUACACUGGCAGACCCGGCUACAAAUUGUGCAUGCGCCUGCACCUUCAGCUGCCAAGUGCUCAGCGCUGUGCAAACUAUAUUUCCCUCUUUGUCCACACAAUGCAAGGAGAGUAUGACAGCCACCUGCCUUGGCCCUUCCAGGGCACAAUACGCCUUACAAUUCUAGAUCAGUCCGAAACACCCAUAAGGCAAAACCAUGAAGAGAUCAUGGAUGCCAAACCAGAGCUGCUUGCCUUCCAGCGACCUACAAUCCCACGGAACCCAAAGGGGUUUGGUUAUGUAACUUUUAUGCACUUAGAAGCCCUAAGACAAAGAACCUUCAUUAAGGAUGAUACGUUACUAGUGCGCUGUGAGGUCUGUACCCGCUUUGACAUGGGUAGCCUUCGGAGGGAGGGCUUUCAGCCACGAAGUACUGAUGCAGGGGUAUAGCAUCCCCUCAUUUGCUUAAAAAAGACUGGAGAAAGCAGUGCCUGUCCUUGCCCUGUUCUCAAUGAUAAGGCACAAACAAAAAUAGAGUGGGAAAGAUGUAAUAUCCAUCCGUGAAUGUUUUUAGAGAGGUCACCACUUCCUCUUACAAAUCUCUGAAAAGUUUUUUCUUGGGAAUCUGAAUGAUCUGUGGUUUUCAGAAAUGUACCUGAAGUGCCUCUGGCAUGUUGCAGCUAUUUUGUGAACUAGUAUACCUCUUUGUUGUACCUUCGUGGGCUUUUGGUCCAUUGUGUUUUAUUGUCAAAAAGCCCAGAGUCGGAGUAUUAAAGCUUAAACCUCCCUCCUCCUAAAAUAAUAAGGACUUUCUUAAAACUUCAGUCUUAUUUUUAUAGUAUCGUAUGUAAUAUAUUAAACUUGAGAAUCACUACCACCUUAUGCUGGUGCCAGAAAUAAGGGUUAUUACUAUUGAGUUCUCAUUUUAUUUGACCACCUGUAGAUUUCAAAGGAUUUGAGCGAUAAUCGGAAAGCUUAAGUUCUCAUCACCCUCUGUUUUCCCCACGGUGUUAUUAAGGAUAUUCAGGGAUUAGUUUAAAUCCUAAGUAUAAUCUUAUUUAGUGUGAACAUGUUGUCUUUUGAACAGUACUAUUUAAGUGUUUCAUUCUGCCUUAUGUAUUUCCUUGAGGCCAUGAAGUAGCACCUUCUCCAGAGUUUAUAAUGCUGAGAACCUUGUGGAUACCAGCUGCUCGUUGCUGUGCCUGUAUCCCUUUUUGUCUACUCAUUGUAGACUGAGUUCUGCUGUCCUGCAUGUUUUCUGUCACUGAAUGCUUAUAUGACAAGGAGAAACACACAGUCACCAACAUAAAAAGCAGUCAACCAAUGUGGCAUCUCAGUCGUGACAGAAGCUAUAUGAGGCAGAAAUUUUCAGCCCUUUUCAACACCCUCUGAUUUAAUUCAAUUAAAUGGAACAAAAUUGAUUUCCUAAGAACAGAAUUUAAUACUUGGGAAGUCAUUGGAGGUACCUGAGAGGUCACCAAAGAAAGAUUGGAAGUCACAGUGACUAUAUCACGACUUAGGUUGAGUAGGUUGCUUUGGUUCAGCAAUUUGCAGCAGGCACUGAGGUCCUGUGGAAUGUGUUGAAGUGGCUGAAUGUUCCUAACAGAAAGAGAUGGCUUUUGUGCCAUUUGUGUAUUUGUUAAAGACUGAUAGGUAUUAAAUAUUUUGGUGAAAUCUGACUCUCAGGGAGUCUCACAAUUAGUAUAGGGACCCCCCCACCCCCCGCUGUUGUCUGGCAUAUUGUAUCUCCAGAGAGGCCACAUCAGAGCCCCCUGACCAGUGUUCAAGAUUACCUUUCAUUUCAAAAGGAACCUGAGAGACCUUGGCUCUGGAGGGGAGUCUGACCCCAGGUUCCAGGCAGACCCAGCAAGUGUUGCCUUGAUCUGCUCCUUUACUCUUCUCUCUGCACCUUCACCCCUACCCCACAUUUAGGCUUCUGCUCUGGUGGGUUCGUGUUACAGAGUGAAAGUAAAGGCCUGUGCCACCUUCGGUACCACAGGUUCAUUGCAAGUUCCCAGUUUAUAUCCUGUCCGUUUGUGUCCCUUAGCUACGAUGCUUUCCAGCUGGCUCCUGAAAAUCACUGCAGUACCACCUGCACUGCUGCUGUUCCUGUGAUUGUUUUUUAAUGAAUAAAUAUUGUCACCUUUCAUUUUAAAAGUAAAUAGUACCCCUGAAGGCAUCUUAAAACCGAAGAGUUUAGCUUAACUAGUGAAAAAAAAGGUCUGCUUUGAGCAUUAUGCUCUUUUAAGAACUAUGUGGGAUCAAAUUGACAACAGCAACUUGAAAGAUCAGAUAGGAACCUUAGGGGACAGU